AUGUCCACCCUUCCCCUACCGACGGAGCUCAUAUCCCGAAUAUUCGUUCUAUGCCUUCCUGAUCCAGAGUUCGAGCUUGACCCUACCCAGGCGCCGUUGACCCUCACCCAGGUUUGUCUCGGUGACUCGCAAGACACCGAGAUACAGGACGAACAUGUCGUAAUAUUCAGUCGCGUCUUGCGCGACUGUGCGUCCACGUUGCGUUUACUCGAUAUCCGCUUUGAUAUUGCUGUCACAAUCGAGCACGUAGAGGCGCGGGAAGCGAUAGCCCAUCUUUACGCGCUUGAACACCUCGUUCUGCACAGCCAGUCCUACUUCCCUGGAUUGACCGAGCUUUUGAGGAGCUUCUCAUUCGACUUCUUCUGUGGCCCACAACUCGAAUUCAAACAAAACACAAUACUGAAGAGCGUGUACAUUGACCUGGUCGAUGGGAUCACAGGCAAUGACUUCGACGACCUUGAGGUCGAGACAUUUCUUGGAGCGGUUGUGGACAUGGCCUGCUCGCGGCGUUCCCUGCCUCGAGAUGCUCGAUCUGUCGACGGCGAGCGACUUUUGGCUGUGUUCGACUUCAUUCCGGGACCAAAUUUCGAGGAGCUAUUCAGAUACGGCCGCCCAUCGCGGUGGGCUUUUGUGCAGGAUCGGCUGCGUGAACUUGAUGAAUUAGACUUUUCGGGACCCCUCUCGAUUUACACAAGCUUAUGUUCAUUCUUUGGAAAUAUCCUGCAAGCGUUGCUUUCAGACAAGAUGUUAGCAUCCAUCUUUGGCAGCGAACCAGAAUAUCUUUACUUGACCCUUGACCACCGCUUUGAACUGCCGGGUUACCACUGGGCUCUUGUUCUCUCUACCAAAGACAGCCCGGACUUGGACGAGGACACUUCGCACGCGCCCGAUUCAUAUCGGUGGCAUUUAACAAAUGUUCCAUCCACUCCAAGAAAGGCAGACACUCGUCUUGUCCCAUGGUACAAGGAACAGGGCGAGAUCAGUAUGUUCGCGAGCAUCAGCCUCAUCGCUCGCUUUACCCUCGCCCAGUUCAAAGCCAGCAAGCAUGCUGCCACCAUUCGUCGUAUCAACGAGGUCGUCGACAAUGUCGUUAUUGUUCAGGACGAUCCAAAUUUCAGGUGUAGGACUUGGCUGAAGCUUGUGGUCGAAGGGCUGAUGCGUGCCGAGAUCAUCAAGUUGAACCUCGCUGACGCAGACUUGCUGGAGAGUCGAGCGAUCAAUGAAGCGGACAAUGUGAUGAAGGGAAUCGCUGCAGGGGAAAUCGUGAUUGAUAGAAAGAGCGCUAUACCUACAUUUGACAUGCGCCUUCAUACGAAGUGAACCAAGGUUCUCUUUCCCAACAUAUCUACUUCCGUGGUCAAUCACGUUGGCCAGGCUCCUCGAGUGCUUCGUAUAGUGUGCCUUAAAAGUGGUCAACUCUACAUAUGUAUCAGCCAUUAUAGGAUGCCCAUUGUCCAUCCGCGUUCAAAGAAAAUGCGGUCAC